CGACGCUCCACGUUACUCAAACCUAAACAGCAGCGGAGGAUGAAGCAGCCGGAGCUCCUCAUCAUCCCAGGCAUCACACGUACCGCACGUAGCCAAGAAAACAAAACAGGGCCGGAUGCAUGAACCAGUGCUUGCAUUCAUUUGUUUUUUCCAAGCUCUCCGCCGGAUCAUCAGUCUGCUGACAGCCAGGCUCGUCGCUGCGCCCCCAGAAAGCUCGCCACCGUUUCCCAGCAUCGUCCAUGGGGCUGGUCAUGCGCUUGCCCUUCUGGUAACACAGUCGCAGUUGCAUCCCUAAAGCGUCCGCACAACGACCUCAGCUCGCCAUGGGCUCCAGACUGAGCCGACAGAGCAGCCUGGACAACGAGAAUUUCUCCAAGAAGCGGCGCAGGCUGCAGGACAGCGUCGGGGAGGGCGACAGGGGCGGCCGGGGCGGCGGGGACUUUCUCUUUGCGCUGAUGCUGAAAUCAGACAAGCUGCCCGGGAUGCUGCGCAGGGCCAACCACAGCCCCUACAUGAGGAGGGUGGCGUGGAUCAAGGAGAUCCAGAAGCUGCUCAAGGAGCGCAGGAUCGAGCAGGCGACCGACGUGCUCAAACUACUGAGGAAGGACCUGGGUUUGGAGGGCACCUCAAUGAAUGACAUCUUGUACAAAAACGCCGCCUUUCUCAAUCUAGUGGACCCGAUCUCACACGAACUGCUGCUCAGCUUGGCACGAGAGAUGCAGUGUCCUAAGAAGGACGCCGACACCAUAAAGUCUUCUGAUAAGAUCUGUAGACAGCUGAUUUACCACCUGACCCCGCACUCAAAGUGGCUGAGGCAGAGCAUGUCCAGGCGGAAAUCCCAGGCCUGUCUCAAGACAACGCUCCAGAAAAAGCUGUCCAGCGACAGUGUGGACCUGUCUGGAAUCCCCCUGUCCACUCGUGAUGUCCGACAAGUGGCCUUCUACCUCCAGAACAACAGAGACACUGUGAUGGCUGUGGACAUCAGCUUCACCGAGCUCACCGACGACAACAUGAGGCUGCUGCUGCCUCUUCUAGCCUCGCUGCCCAAGCUCAGCACCCUAGCUCUCAACGGUAACCGCCUCACCUUGGCCAUCAUCAAAGACCUCACUGAAAUGCUCAAGGACCCCAAGACCUUCUCCAGUCUGGCGUGGAUCGAUUUGGGCAACAACGUGGACAUUUUCACCAUGCCUCAGCCCCUGCUCGUGGCGCUGCGCCGGCGCUGCAGCCUGAAGAGCAGCCUGCCGACCAUCUACGAGUACACAGAGGGUCAACCAUACUCGUACCACCUGGAGACCUCCAUUGAGGAGCCCAGCCACUAUGAGGAGGAGGAAGUAGAGGAGGAUGAGGAAGAUUUGGCCGAUAGAUUUGACUUGGAGCCGUGGGGUGUGGAGGAGAAACAGCUCUCUAAACAUUAUGCCCUUCACCACUGUGAGAGGUGAUGGACCGUUUCCUUUCCGAAGAGCUUUCAGCUGUGGUUGAAAUGACGUCCCACAGCACUCUGUUACUUCCUUCACCCUCUUGUCCUCAAACCACAAGAACAGUCACCCUUUAAAGGCAAUGAGGGACACCGGUGCCCACAUUGAGUCCUAAUCGCCCGAACACAGCUACUGAGCUAAUCUUUACCAUCUCUGAGUUAACCCAAACAACACAGCGAGAGAGAAAAAAGAAAACGAUGGCCUGGACGCUUCACUUACUGUGUUGGUAGAUGGUACUCUUGGGAAAAAGGUGGGGUUUCAUUGGAGGGUGGCUGGAAGAGACAAGGAACCAGUUUUCUGUCUCUUUCUAUCCGUUUAUCCACCUCUAUCACCACAUCUUCCUCUCUGUCGAGAGCCAAUGCCCAGGAAACCUUAGUCAGUUGGUCAGACGAAGGAGUAGCAUCCCGGUUAGGGAGGGGAGCACCUGGAGUGAAGUGUGGAAACUGUCGGUCCCUGUUGGUUCUCUACCAGGACUGAGGACUCUCUCUGUCAGGCAGGGCCUAGCUCCACAUUCUGUGUUCUCUGUUAAUCUCUCAACAAAAGCUAUGACACAAGUUCAACAGGCCAUACAGCCAGCAACCCAUCACGUGACGCUAGCAAAACUGCUUUGUCAACUUUUUGUGUCCCCCCCUCCCCUCCAGUGUCCCCUUGUGAAUGUCCAUGUGCAGAUGGAACGGAGGACACAAAACAAAACAGCUGUUUUUGUUUCGACUGGUUAUUUUUGGUCACCUUAAAGGACAAAGCGGUCUCAGAAGAUAACAGGUAGUACUCAACAAUGGAGAGGUGUCUCUGGUUGUUUUUCUUCUUGCAUAAAAGCUAAUAUCACUGCGCUCUUUAGGGUCAUAGCCACAGUAUUUCAACACAUGUAUGACUUUUAAAGCCAGCUGGCUUCUAAGUCACCGCAGGGGCCAAACUGCUCUUCCUACUGCCGUCUGUCUCCACAGGUAACGUCCUUACCACUUAAUGUUGCUGUUUAUCAGUGGCCCUGUGUUGUGAGGCACUUCCUUGACUGUUGUCUAUCAGUUUCAGUCUUUCUGCAGUAGCAUAACAUGACCACUAAGGCUGACAAGAACACUGCAAUGCACUUUAAGGCCGUAAUGUUUUAAUGUUUCACUUUCUCCAUAGCGUACACUCUGUGCACAGUGUUCAUACCUGGAUAUUUGCAAAGCGGAAGCUGAAAGUAUCCCAAAUUAUGAUGAAGCUGCAGCUACUCAGUUGAUUAUUGUAAUAGGGAUCAUUAAAAAACAAGCUCACCAGAUAUAUAAUAAAUGUUCAAUAAAUGUUAUUUGUGUAUUUGUGUCAGUAAACUGUCUAAAAUGCUGUGUUUUUGUCUCUUGUCUGAUUCAGCAAUUGUAUUUAAUUGUAUUUAAUGACUAAGAACAAUGAAACUGAGCCCAAAGUAGUCCUGCUGUUGGAUUGAACAGAUGACAAAAAGGAAGAUGUUUUAUGGGGUUACGCAAUAAAACAGAAGGUUGCUCAGUAAGUGUUGUCCCAAACAGAGGAUAUCAUUGUUGAAGGAUAAAGCCUCAAAGGCUAAACUCUUGUUUCCUCUUUUGUUUGUACAGCGACUUGCAAAAAUAUGAAUAUCCCUUGGCCUUUUUCACAUUAUUUGACUUUACACCCACAAACUUUAUUGGAUUUUGUUUAAUUGUACAUUUCAGACCAACAGAAACCUGGCAAAAACAUAAUUUUCAAGUUUUUUUAGCGAACGCAUUCUAAAACGUGUGAUGUGUUAGAGUUUUUGUAUGUCUCUACCAGCUAGGGUCAUCUAGAGACAGAUUUUUUUGCCCAUUCUUCUUUGCGAAAAAGUUCAGACGCAAUCAGAUUUGAAGGGGAGUGUCCAUGAACACCGACUUUCAGCUUUUUCUACACAUCCUGAAAUGGAUUUAAGUCUGGACUUUUACUGAGGCAUUUUAUACAAUUAAUAUGCUUUGAUCUGAACCAUUCGAUUGCAGCUCUGACUAUCUCUCUAGGGUACUGUUGCAAGAUGAACCUUCUCACCAGUCUAAAUUCUUUCUUCAGGCUCUGUAGCUAAAUCCCCCCCCCCCCCCCUCCCUUGAAAUCAGACCAGCCUUCCUUUCCCUGCUGAAGAAAACCAACCCCACAUCAUGACACUGCCACUACCAUGUUUCACAGUGGGAAAGGAGUGUCCAGGGUCCAGGAUUUCCACCAUACACAAUGUCUUGCGCAAAUUUAGCCUCUUUUUGUGUCACCUGAACAAAGCUCCUUUUUCAAAGCGUUUGCUAUGUCCUAUACAUGACUUGUGGAAAAUUGGCAGCUAAGUACAAACCCACGCACUCUUUUCAGAUUUUAAUUUGUAAAACAAAUUGAGAACCACGUGUAAUUGACCUUCCACUCACAAACUAUGUGUUGCUCUUUGUUGGUCUAUCAUCUAACAUCACAAUGAGGUGCUUUUAAGUUUGUGGUUGUAACAUUAUGCAAAAAGGCUUAAGGUAUAUGAAUGUUUUUACAAGCUACUGCAGCUUAUAUUUAUGUGUCAGUGUGUCAAACCUUUUCCUCGUGGUCUGCGUAUAUAUGUCUCAUGCCAUUCAAUUACUGCCAAUUAAAGAACCUGUGCAAACUGA